AUGAGAGUUAAGGCCACUAAAUUCUGGGGUGAUUGCAAUAUUUCCGUGUUUCUCGCUGCUGUUGUGGCAGUGGCCACCGCCGCUCCCCAGUACGCAGCCCCACAGGCUCCUAGUCGUUAUAGUGAGUCAAGCGAAGAGGUGGCCAUUCUCAGACACGAUUUUCUACAGGGAGAUGAAGGUGGCUACAAACUUGACGUAGAAACUGCUAAUGGCAUCUCUGUAUCUCAGGCUGGCUCUCCCAGUGGUCCAGAGGGGUCUGUGGUCAAGUCUGGACAAUAUUCUUACACCGCUCCUGAUGGAACACCCGUCCUUGUGAAGUUCGUUGCUGACGAGAACGGCUACCAGCCUCAGUCUGACCUGUUGCCAGUAGCUCCUGCUUUCCCCCACCCAAUCCCACAGUUCGUCUUAGACCAGAUCGCUUUCGCUGCUGAGGAAGAUGCUGCCCGCGAACGCAGACCCUCGAGUCCAUCUGCAACCUACGGUGCUCCCCAGUAA